UAAUUCAAUAACCCAUCCCUCAUUCCACAACCACGACUUGAACGUUUAAAGCCACCACGAUUUUCUGUGUAAUCCUCAGUGAAGCGCAAUUAAACGCCGAGAGGUUACAAACUUAUUAAAAUUCAAAUAUCUGAAUCUAAAACUAAUUAAAAUGACAAACGAAGUAAACCCAAAAGCAUACCCAUUGGCGGACGCCACAUUGACUGCAAAAAUUCUAAACUUGGUACAACAAGCAAUGAAUUAUAAACAAUUAAGAAAAGGAGCAAAUGAAGCGACGAAAACGCUUAAUCGAGGAUUAUCAGAAUUCAUUGUGAUGGCAGCGGAUGCUGAACCAUUGGAAAUUUUAUUGCAUUUACCAUUACUUUGUGAAGAUAAGAAUGUUCCUUAUGUUUUUGUAAGGAGUAAGGAAUCAUUGGGACGUGCUUGUGGUGUAUCACGGCCUGUUGUUGCUUGUUCAGUCACAGUUAAUGAAGGUUCACAACUUAAACCUCAGAUUCAAGCUAUUCAGCAAGAAAUUGAACGUCUUUUGGUUUAAGUUUUUUUUUGUACCUGACAUUAAUCUAUUUUUUCAAUCAUUUAUAAAUUUAUAUCUUUUUUGUAACAUUACUACGAAAAUAUAAUAAAAAAAAAAAAAAGGUGUGAAAAUAAA